AGAAACGAAGAUAAACUAUUGUCGUAAAUAAACUUUUUGCUAUAAUAUUAAGAUCACUUCCCAUGUAAAUGUUAUUCUUCUUUAGUUCUUUGAAUACCUGGCCUCCCUUCCCUUUAUUCCUAUUCCACUAUACCAUAUAACCCAUAUAACUUUUUCAAUCAAGGCCUACAGUAGAGAUGCCUAUAUAUUUAUUUAAUUUGGUGCUCCACACUGUACGCUACCAAAGCUCUGUAUAGAUUGUAAAAAUGGCAAGAAAUUUUGGCCCUCUUAUCUGCCUAGUGGUCAUGGUCAUGGAUGUCGUUGCUGGGAUACUUGGGAUUGAGGCUGAAGUUGCUCAAAACAAGGUGAAACAUUUGAGGUUGUGGGUUUUUGAGUGUAGAGAUCCGAGCUAUGAAGCUUACAAGCUAGGCAUAGCUGCAGUGGUACUUCUGACGAUGGCUCAUGUUAUUGCUAACUUGAUUGGUGGUUGUGUUUGCAUCUGGUCCAGAGCAGAGUACGAGAAAGCAAACGCAAACAAACAAUUGGCUGUUGGCUCUCUCAUUCUUUCUUGGAUUGUAUUAGCUGCUGGGUUUUCGUUGCUGAUGGUAGGGACAUUAGCAAACUCAAGGUCAAGAAAAUCGUGUGGAAUUGCACAUCAUCGGUUCCUAUCCAUAGGCGGGAUUCUAUGUUUCAUUCAUGGGAUCUUCAUCAUUGCAUAUUAUAUUUCAGCCAAAGCUGCAGAUAGAGAAGAACAUAAAAAUCGACAAGGACACCAGCCCGGAGGCCCUGCUUAAUUAACUUUUUAUCUACUUCUUUACUUUUUAUUAUUAGUAUUAUUAUUUUUCUUUCUUUCUUUUGUUUCAAAUUAUUUGGAUGACUCAAUAUAUAUAUAUAUCUGCAUAAUGUAAGAUGAAACAUUUUGGUCAUGCACGCUUAGGGGAUAUUACUGUUGGAAAAA